CUCCUUUUACCAAAGGCAGUGUGUGGUCGCACAGAAGUAAAGCAACCAAUACCAACACAAUGCUCGCCACCGCACGCUGCGUACUUCUCCCUCGUCCCCACUUCUCCACCAUCGCCCCCACUCUCCUCCCUCGCCGAGCUCGCCGCGUUGGUCCUCUCCACCCCCGACCCCUCAACCAAAUCCCGCCUCUCCCACCUCGCCUUCUCCCGCUGGCUCCGCCUCCGCCUCCCAGUCGGCGCAGCCCCCCCUCCCCUUCGCCCCGCGCGUCCCCCGAAUCCCCCCUUAGUGUCGCCCAAGGAGGUGCCCACGCACAAGAAUUCCGGGUUGCCGCUUAACGCCUACAUGCUCCACAACCUGGCGCACGUGGAGCUCAACGCCAUCGACCUCGCGUGGGACACCGUGGCGCGGUUCGCGCCGCUCCGCGACGUGCUCGGCGACGAGUUCUUCGCCGACUUCGCCCGCGUGGCCGACGACGAGAGCCGCCACUUCGCCUGGUGCUCCCAGAGGCUUGCCGAGCUCGGAUUCAGCUAUGGAGAUAUGCCUGCUCAUAACCUUCUGUGGAGGGAGUGCGAGAAAUCCUCUGGAGAUGUAUCUGCACGCUUGGCAGUGAUUCCUCUAGUUCAGGAGGCUAGAGGGCUUGAUGCGGGGCCCAGACUCGUGCAAAAGCUGAUUGGUUUUGGGGACCAUAGGUCUUCAGACAUUGUAGCCAAGAUCGCGGAGGAAGAAGUCGCUCAUGUUGCGGUCGGCGUAUACUGGUUUGCCCAAGUAUGCCAGAAGAUGGGUCGAAUUCCUUGUCAUACUUUUAAAGACCUGUUGGACGAGUAUGGCGUUGAGUUGAAAGGCCCAUUCAACUAUUCAGCUCGUGAUGAAGCUGGUAUACCUCGCGACUGGUAUGAUGGUACAUCUAGAAGGCAAUUCGAAAGUGAGCUUUCCAAGGUGCAUGAGAGAUUGGCUUGCAUUGUCGCCAUGGAGAAAGAGAACUCGAGCUUGAAUGGCUAAUUUACUGUCCUUGAAAUACGAUCCGCAAGCAAUUUUGUUUUCUUCCGUUAAAAUUGUUUGAUGACUUGUUGUAUAUGCUGUUAUACAAGUCACAAAAAUUCAUAAUUUCCAUAACUGACGGGCAGAGCCGAAACUUUUGGGGUUUCAUUAAACUUCAUACUAAAAAAAUAAAAUGGGUCAAUACAAAUGUUGAGAACAGUGAUCA